AUGGCCACCCUUGAUGCUUUAAAGCGGGACCUUAGGCAGAAAGCUGAGGCAACAACGUCAUCACCAAAACAGGCGUUAUCCAACACACAGUACAGUGACGGAUUCAAUAGCUUAGUAAAGGGUCCAGGAUGGAUAACCUAUCGAGACUUCGUUAUUCCACAGCUAUCUCAGUUGCUAUCCCCUCUCUUCAACAUGCGCAGCCAUGUCUCGGUACUAGAGAUCGGACCCGGCCCGAAGAGUUUAUUUGGCUAUCUUCCCGGCGAUCUAAGACGGAAGAUCACGAAAUACACUGCAUUGGAGCCAAAUGUUUUGUUUGCGGCAAGGCUAGAAGAAUGGGCUCACUCUACCGUCGAGACGGAAUCCCCGCUGCCUUCUCUGGAAAGCCCGCCCGUCAUCCAUCGAGUUCCAUUUAUUCUGGAAGACAAAACAAGGACCCUGACAGGAAAUGACUCGAAUGAUAAGGAUGAGAAAUACGACAUAAUUCUAUUCUGUCACAGCAUGUACGGCAUGAAACCCAAACACAGAUUCAUCGAGCAGGCGCUGCAAAUGCUUGCAGAGCGGCCAAAGGGGGCGAUGGCCGUGGUUUUUCAUCGCGACGGGAUUCUGGACCUCGACGGUUUGGUGUGCCAUCAAACGGCUUCAUUUCCUACCGGAAUCGUUCGCGUGGAAGACAAAGACGAGGAACUGGACUGUUUUGCAUCUUUCAUAGCGGGAUUCGCCAUGCAGGAUGUUAAUACGGGCAAGGCUCUCCGAGCCGAGUGGCGGAAGGUGUGCCGUGCCUUAGGCCGUCGAGAGGAAACCCAUCCAGAUUAUCUUUUGUUCAGCGCGCCUAACAUCAUGGCGGCAUUUACUCAACAUGCAGUUACAUUGCCGGUGCUGGCAGCGCAAGUGCCAACAGCGCAGAUGCAAUUGGUGGAAGGAUGCAUGCCAGUCAAAAACCGAGAGGCUCGUCUCUAUCGCCCUGCUUCUGUCAUUAAGCCGACAACUAUCCAACAUGUCCAACAGUGCGUUCGAUGGGCUCUGGAGCACAGCGUCGGCCUCACCGUCAUUGGCGGAGGUCAUAGCGGCCACUGCCUCUGGCCCAAUGUUGUCUCGGUUGACAUGGGCUUCUUUAAUCAAGUACACAUUCUCAAGUCAGAGGAGGCUGGAGAAAACUCCGGUCCCGAUCCUAGUUGCUUGGUCAUCGCCGAGGCCGGCUGCAUAACGGGGGAUGUCGUCCGUAAGGCCAUGGCAGCAGGCCUUACAGUGCCUCUAGGGGCUCGUCCAAGCGUAAGUACGGGGCUGUGGCUACAAGGAGGCAUCGGGCACCUAGCUAGAUUACACGGACUCGCAUGCGAUGCUAUUGUCGGUGCCGUUGUGGUCAGUGUCGAGUCCAGCCAGGUUCUCUGCGUCGGACAGGUACCAAGGCAACACCAGCCGGCCGGUGCCGUUCGCCCGGAAAAUGAACAUGAUUUGUUAUGGGCGAUAAAAGGCGCGGGAACCAAUUUUGGUAUCGUGGUCAGCGUGUCCUUCAAAGCUUACACAUCUCCGACUUAUUCGGCUCGAAACUGGAUUUUUCCACUUAAUGACAACAUCUCGGCACGGCACAAGCUAAGAGAAUUUGGAAAUCUCGUCUCUAGGAAGCUGCCUCGGAAUCAUUCUGCGGACGCAUAUCUAUACUGGGAUGCCGGCCAUCUGCAUCUUGGCGUGACAAUGUUCGAGUCUUCCAACACUAAGCUCACCUCCACAACAACCAUGCCCACGCCCGCAUGUGUGGCGUGGGGACCAGAAAAGAAUUUCAAGAUUAUGGAUGGCGUCGGUCUGUUCGAGGCUGAGAUGUACGUGUCCGUGAUGCACGGCGGACAUGUUGGCGGCAAAACUUCCUCAUUCAAGCGAUGCUUAUUCUUAAAAGACAUCGGAGGAAAGAACGUCGCCGACCGCUUAGUGGCGGCCAUUGAGACUCGUCCCUCGCCACUGUGUUACCUCCAUCUGCUGCAAGGCGGCGGAGCUGUCAGCGACAUUGCGGCUGAUGCCACUGCUUUCGGUUGUCGAGACUGGGAUUUCGCCUGUGUAAUAACCGGUGUUUGGCCCCGAGACCAAGAUGACACUGAAGCAGCACGAUCUGCCGUGCAGUGGGUUUACAAUGUUGCCAGUGACUUGUUGUCUUUGAGUAGCGGAGCUUACGGCGCUGACCUUGGGCCGGAUCCAAGAGACGCCGUGCUUGCGGCAAAGGCUUUCGGAUCAAACCGACCGCGCUUAGCCCAUCUCAAACACGUUUUUGACCCGCACAACGUGUUAGCUUACACCUGUCCACUCUUGGAAGCACCGAUUCAGCAGAGACUUAUCAUUCUUGUAACGGGCGAAAGUUGUGCCGGCAAGGACUAUUGCGCCGAUGUCUGGGUUUCUGUGUUCAUCCAAAAGAGUCUCAAAGCCCGUGCAGUUAGCAUUAGCGAAGUCACCAAGCGAGAAUACGCUGCGGCUACCGGUGCCAACCUGGACCGCCUGCUUCAGGACCGUGCCUACAAGGAGCAACACCGGCCAGCGUUGACGAUUUUUUUCCAGGAGCAGGUGCGGCAACGGCCUCAGCUACCAGAGCAGCACUUCCUGAAUGUUGUGCGCAGUAACCUUGAUGUGGAGGUGUUGCUGAUUACUGGGAUGAGAGACGAGGCGCCGGUCGCAGCCUUCUCACAUUUGGUGCCAGAGAGCAGGCUACUCGAGGUUCACGUGCAAGCUAGUGAACAAACCAGGCGGGUUCGCCGUAAAGGUGGUGACAGCCAGGAAAGCAGUGAUAACAAGUCAAAUUCGGCAACUUUGGAUUACCAACCAGAUCUCAUUUUCGACAAUGAUACAAGCGGAAAUGAGGCGGCGGAACGGUUUGCCGAACGUUACUUGCUUCGCUUUUUCGACAAGAGCCUGCAGCAACUGGCCAAUAUGGUGCGUGCGGUACCCAACUUCCAACGCCCGGGCAUCGAGUUCCGCCAUGUACUUGGCAUCUCCCAGCAGCCGGGUGGGCUGGCUCUAUGUACGUCUCUGCUGCAAAACCACUUCACUGGUAACUGGGCCAAGGUCGAUGCAGUGGCGUGUUGUGAGGCCGGCGGCUUUAUCUACGCGUCGGCAUUAGCUUCACGAGUCGAUGUGUCCUUGGUGCUAAUUCGUGAAGCCGGAAAGCUCCCUCCGCCCACAAUUUCCGUUAGGAAGCCUACGUCCCAUAUAUCCUCUUUGGUACCGAGUCAUUCGAACGAGAAGCGGAUCGAGAUGGAGAAAGAUGUAAUCCCUAGGGGCGCGUCGGUGGUAUUGGUAGAUGAUGUGCUUGCUACGGGAGAGACGCUUUGUGCGGUGCUACAACUAUUAGGUGAAGCUGGAAUUGUCGCGGAGGAUGUCACCAUCAUAGUUGUAGCCGAGUUUCCGGUCCAUAGUGGUCGGGAAAUGUUGCGCCGGCGUGGGUUUGGCAGAGCCAAAGUUCAAAGCCUUUUGGUUUUCGGCGGUGCGUAGAAAGGAAGGGGUCUUG